AAACUCCAAACUGUAACGGCGAUCAAAAGACUUGCGCGCAACGGAUCAAGUACGGAUAAAAUGAAAAAUCAUCAAAAUUCUCAAAGAUAUUGAAUAUUAAAAUAAAAAAUCAAAUUAUCUAAAGAAGAAAUACAAGAAGCUACACAAGAAGCAUUGAAUACAAAGAAGAAAAAAAAAAGAAGAAAGAUUUCGUCAUGGGUCAUUUAUCAACUUCUGAGCGUGUCAUUACGACAAGUGUUGAGCAAACUGAAAGCUCAUUAAAGAAUCGUCUUAACAACGUCGCCGCUACUGGCAACGAAUUAAAUGAGUUUCCCAAAAAGAAUGGACAAAAAUUAAUGACUUCUAGUAAUAAUGUCAAUUCUAAUGUCAAUUAUAAAACCAAAUAUCAUACCAAUCUUGAGGAAUACACGCGCAAUUUUAAAGGCGACUCUGUUCUUGGCAUACAAUUUAAGGCCCCUUUAAAGUGGGAUAAAAUAAUUAUGAUAUUCAGCUUUUAUCUUUUAUCCAUUUUCUAUUUGAUAACUUAUCCUUUGAAUAAACUACGUUUACCGACCAUUUUAUGGGCUUUUUUCGUAGGCAUUCUUGGUGGUUUCGGUGUAACGGGUGGCGCUCAUCGUCUUUGGACACAUCGUUCUUUUAAGGCUAACUUACCGUUACGGAUAAUUCUAAUGCUAUGUUUCUCUGCAGCUGGACAGAACAGUUUAUACGAUUGGGUUCGCGAUCAUCGCGUUCAUCACAAGUACUCGGAAACGGAUGCCGAUCCGCAUAAUUCAAAUCGCGGCUUCUUCUUCUCACACGUCGGUUGGCUAAUGAUGUACAAACAUCCGGAAGUUUUGAGGAGAGGUCGUCAAAUCGAUAUGAAAGAUGUCUCAGAUGACCCAGUGGUACUUUUUCAUGAAAAGUAUUUCAUACCCUUAAAAAUUUUAUGCUGUUUUCUUUUACCUACUAUUGUGCCUAUUUAUGGAUGGGGUGAGGAAGUAAAAUAUGCUCUUAUCAGCCAAUGCGUAUUUCGUUAUAUAUGCUCAUUAAAUUUCACUUGGUCGGUGAACAGUGCUGCACAUAUGUGGGGUAAUCGACCGUAUGAUAAACGUAUUAAUCCUACCGAAAAUGUAUACGUUUCGGUAAUUGCUUUAGGCGAAGGUUGGCAUAACUAUCAUCACGUAUUCCCAUGGGAUUACAAAGCUGCCGAAUUGGGAAAAUACUCCUUUAAUUAUACAACAAUGUUUUUAGAUGCUUUUAGCAAAAUCGGCUGGUGUUGGGAUAUGAAACAACCCAGUAAAGAAUUAAUACAACGUACUUAUGAAAAAUAUGGCGAUGGAUCACACGCUUCAAGUCACAGCGUAACAUCAAUUGAUGCCAAUUCUCAUAUACCGGAAGUGCCUGAUCCCGAAUUGGAAGUGAACUCUAACAUAGAAUUAACCAAAUUGGAUGAAAAUGAAAAUGUAUCGAAAAAAAUUUGUACACUAAGAGACUACAAAUUGUAAACAAUUUAUUUUACUAAUAAUGCGCAGGUGGUACUUGAUUUUAAUAUAAUUAUGUAUAAGCUAAAAGCACAUUGCAGCUCUACAUGAUAUGAGCGUAAAU